CAACUCCAGCAUCUGGCUGAGUCGAGCACAGAGGUUAUAUGUGAGUUGCAGGGGUCAGAGGGGUGGGGGAUGCUACACCAGAUGCCUAAACAGUGUGUAUCGUGCAACAGGCUCCUCAGCACGUGUACACCCAUAGACAGCACGUGCAUACCAUCAACCAAUUGUGUACCAAAACACCAGGUCAAUGAAAUUGUGUUGAGUUGUUUAUUCCUAGACACAAUGUGGGCCAGAUCUCGCACAUUCUUCUUCACUGUGACAUUAAUGUAUGUAACAUUGUUUCACUCAUGUUGCAGUCAAGAGGACGUUGUGGAAUUCGAUCAAGAGGAUGUUGACCGAGUGGUUCUUGAAAGUUUUAAUUGCCACGAAAACCCGGCACUGGCAGUAGCUGUUGUGAAAGAUGGCAAGGUGCUUCUGUCCCGUGGCUAUGGCACAUUUGAUAAGGACACCAACAAGCCAGUCACUAACAGCAGUGUCUUUGGCGUGGCCUCGUUGACCAAAGUAUUCACCUCGACUGUCUUCCUCAAGCUGCUGCUAGAGAAAACCAAUUUGACUGUCAACUCACCUAUACGCAAAUUAUUGGGAGAUGAGUUCCAGAUGGUGGAUCAGGUACGUACCCAAGAAGCAUCAUUCGCUGACCUGUUGUCUCACAAAAUGGGAAUCCCUGAUAACAACAUGCUGAGAUUUGAUCCAAACUUUACAAGGGAGAAUCUGUUAAAACGUCUUCCCUAUAUGAACAGUUCAGGGACAUUCCGUGCCAACUAUUAUUACAGUAACAUGAUGUACGGGCUUGUGGCUCGACUGACAGAGCUCCUCGGUAACAGCAGUUGGGAACAGCUUGUAACAGAGCAGCUCCUGAGGCCUCUGGGGAUGGACAGUUCCACGUUUGCCUCAGUGACAGACUUCAACAGAGAAGACAUUGUCACUGCUUACGAAAAACUAGACUCCAACUUUGUCAAGGUGCAUCCAGAGUUUUCCAGAAGAUGGGCACAACUUCCAGGUUCCGGUUCUUUCAUGACGUCUGCCAAUGACAUGGCCAAGUGGAUGAACUUUCACCUGUCAGGGGGACGAAAUUCUCAAGGGGAUGCAGUAGUGCCUGAAAAAGUUCUGACAGAGAUCAACCAGCCCAGAUUUUAUGCAGGAAAUGAACUUUGUAAAGAGAUUGACCUGACCCAGUUUCCACUGUCUUGUAGUGACAAUAUCUUUUGUUUUGGUUUAAGGUCUGGACAUUACCGAGGCUACCAACGCUUGACCCACACAGGUUCCACCAGAGGCUAUCGAGCCGUUGUUUCCCUCCUACCUACUCACAAGGUUGGCGUUUUCCUUGCUCUGACCAACAAAGAUGAUUUGUUUAAAUACCGCAACCCACUCCUUAUGUAUCUGACAGACCGAGCUCUGGGCUUCAGGUCCUGGUUAAAUAUCUCCACAAUAUGUUCCUACCCAAAGCCAUGGAAGAAUACAUCAUCUCCAUCGAACCAGACUGGGCUUGUUGACUAUCAACUCCAUCAUGAGUAUUCAAUAUAUGAAGGCACCUAUUUCAACACACUGUACGGCUCUCUGACCAUUCACUACAACAAGAGUCUGUCCUCCUUAGAGAUGAACUAUGGGUGGGGACGAUGGACACUGAAGCCCAUCUCUUCAGGAGCUGCUCAACAAUUUCAUGCUCAAGGCCUGGAUAUCAAUCAAGUCUACAACACCAAACCAAUUUCUUUUCUGUACAGUGACCCUGGGACAAUCAAAGCAAUCAAUGCUACUGGCUUUGUGCCUCUCCAGCCACCAAUAUUUGACAAGAUGGCUUCCUCUCUCAAUAGUUCUUCACAAAUAGUUCAUGGAAUCCUAGAACAUUUACUUUUAAUGACAUUGUUAUUGUGCUUAAUGAAUGUUUAAAUUGUGGGCUUAAUCUGUAUCUACCCUGGACAUGUCUACUGCUCCAAUCUCAAUGAUUUCAACACAAUGGUGUUCAGUUCCGUCAGAAAUGUUUAUUUGCACCCAGUUCAACAAGUCAACGAGAGAAUGGUGAAGAGGAAAAAGCAAACUAUAAUAACAAAGAAACACCAAAUAAUGUCAAACAAAAGUAUCAUACAGUAUGGUCAUUUGAGUGUCCUCCCCUGACACAAGUGUAGCUCAGUUAGAAUUAGUUAUUGUGUUCUCUGUACAUUGUUAAAUCUUUAGCUAGAAAGUGUUUUUAGUACAGGAUAGUUGCUUUAGACAAGUCAAGCGUUUUUAGUACAGGAUAGUUGGGUUAGACCAGAGAAAGUGUUUUUAGUACAUGAUAGUUGCUUUAGACAAGUAAAGUGUUUUUAAUACUGUUUUUAGUACAGGAUAGUUGCUUUAGACCAGAAACUGUUUUUAGUACAGGAUAGUUGCUUUAGACAAGUCAGUGUAACAAAAUAAAUAGGACACAGCUGAUUCUGCACAGCCUCUGACUCUUAACAACAAAUGCUAUAUAAUGGCAGUAAAUUUGAAUGUGUCUGGUGUAAUUUUAGGGUAUUAUUUAAUUAUUGUGUCUGUUCACAUUUCUAUGGACUGGAUGUAUUGUAAAAUGCACUAUUAAAAUGUGAAUGAAGACUA